GACACGGGUGGCGGUCUACUGUACGAGUAGGUACGCUAAUUAUCGUAUAUCAUCGUUGUCUCUUCCAGUUACAUAGCUUGACCCAAAGCAACCCAGAGUAGGCAGCCGAACCCCAAUCCCCCCGCCCCACCUCUUGCCUGUCGAGCCCAAAUACUAACUUGACCACCGCUCUGCCCGCUUCAUUCUCUCCCUCCACCACCCCACAGAUACCACCGCUCCCACUCCCAUUGCCUCGACUGCCACCACCACCGCACCACAGCUACCAUCACAUUCAUCAACAAUUUCACGUACGCCCGCUUUGGCAGAUAAUCUUCCACUUGGCGUUCGAUAAGCGAAGUGGGGUUGCCUUCGCUCGCUUCCUGGGAACAAAGGGACAAAGUAAGUGACCCCUCGUCCCGUCCCAUACUUCCACCUUUCUAACAUCACUCGAUCCUUAGGGACCGGCCUUCGCAUUCUAUCUGGCCCUGAGCAUCUAUCUUAUCGAAAUUAUAGUCAACUCUCCUUGCCCGUCAUACUUCAUUUUCAGCUCCAUUCGAAACCUCUCUGCCGUAGCAAUCCACUUCAUCCUCGGGCCGUCAAAUUUAUCUGGAAUUAACUCUUUUCCGCUUGUUCUUUGUUGGUCUAACUAUUCUGACGCAACAAUGGUCGACGGCGAGAUAGCGUCGCCGACGUGGAAGUUUACACAGUAAGUUCGCUCUCGUGGUUGCUUGGUUCCGCGUAGUAUCUAUUUUUGGCCUGGGGCAGGGGUUCAAUCAAACCCCACUUCUCCAGUGAUAUCAUGGAUGGAGUGUCGUAUAUCAUGGUGAAGAGAUGGAAAACUGACUGGGUAUAUCGAUGACAAGAUGUUUCGGGGAUAAAGGGGAUGUAGAAGAUAUUACCGAGGGUGAGUUCCGGCACAAGAUUCCUCCUUCCUGGUUUGUUGCUGAUCCCUUGAUCACUUGCUCCUUAGCCGACAUAAUAUCGACUGUUGAGUUCGAUCAUACUGGCAACUAUUUAGCUACGGGAGAUAAGGGUGGGCGUGUGGUGCUGUUUGAGAGAAACGAGACAGUAAGCUUCUGCCUGGAAUUAUCGACAAAGACUGGUCAUGCCAGAUUAAAAACCUUGGCUGAUCAGAACUCUUCCGCUCUCGAUAGAAAAAAACGUGCGAAUACAAAUUUCAUACCGAGUUCCAGUCACAUGAGCCGGAGUUCGACUACUUAAAAUCUUUGGAGAUUGAGGAGAAGAUUAACAAAAUCAAGUGGUGCAAACGUCAGAAUGCUUCCCAUUUUUUACUCUCUACAAACGACAAGACAAUCAAGUUAUGGAAAGUUUUUGAAAAGUCACUCAAGGUGGUGGCGGAGAACAAUUUAUCUCAUGAUGGCGCCUCGCCCUCUGCCGGAGGUGUACGACACCAUCUUGCACAGCCGCCCCCAACCUUUAACAACUCGUCUGCACUUCGGCUUCCGCGACUGACGCACCAUGAUACUGUGGUAGCCGCAGUACCCAGGAGAACUUACGCGAAUGCCCACGCUUACCAUAUCAACAGUAUUUCGGUGAAUUCGGAUGGAGAAACGUUCAUUUCUAGUGAUGACCUACGCAUCAAUCUUUGGAAUCUCAAUAUUCAGGAUCAGAGCUUCAACAUUGUGGAUAUCAAGCCGGCGAAUAUGGAGGAACUGACGGAAGUUGUUACCGCUGCAGAGUUUCAUCCACAAUAUUGCAACUGGUUCAUGUACGCAAGUAGCAAGGGGACUAUAAAGCUGGCGGAUAUGAGAGAAAGCGCUCUUUGUGACCAACAUGUGAAGCGUAAGAACCCGCUUUGCCGUUCGCUAACCUCCCAAUAACACGUGUGUCGGUCGGUGUCUAAUUGGGUUUGUUGUGUAGUAUUCGAGCAGGAGGAAGACCCAACGUCGCGUUCGUUCUUUUCAGAGAUUAUCUCAUCGAUCUCUGACGUCCGAUUUUCCUCCGACGGUCGCUAUAUUCUCUCGCGUGACUACCUGACAGUCAAGAUAUGGGAUAUUAAUAUGGAGAACAGACCUGUCAAAACUAUUCCAAUUCAUGAGCAUCUACGGCCUAGGCUUUGUGACACUUAUGAGAAUGAUUCGAUCUUCGACAAGUUCGAGGUUGUAUUCUCCGGCGAUGGGAAUAAUGUAAUGACUGGGUCGUACAACAACAACUUCAUGAUUUACCCUAGCGAUCCCGAGAAGGAAGUCGAGGUUGUCUUGCAGGCGGACAAGAGUGCCUUCAAAGCCAAGAAAGUUGGCGUACCUACUCCUAUCAAUGGUGGAAAGAAGGGAGGUUCGAGGGCCGGAAGUCCUGCUGCUGGGUCUGGUCCGGGAGGUCGGAUGAGAAAGGAAACAGACGCGGAUCAAAUUGACUUUAACAAGAAAAUCUUGCACAUGAGCUGGCAUCCGUUUGAGGACUCAAUUGCUAUUGCAGCAACAAAUAAUGUGAGUCCAAGUUCUAACGACUGUAUGGUAAUGGGGCAUACCAUUGACAUCAUAUCCUAGUUGUUUGUCUUUUCAGCACUGUAGAUUGGCUAAAUUCUGAAUUGGGUUUCAUUCGAUGGAUUUGAGCGUUUUUCGUGUUUUCGUUUGUAUCGAUUGCCAGUGGUUCAUCGUGUGUUUAGAUGACCUUUCUCAACUGAGUAUUUAACUUGCUCAUGGUAGACUUGCUACAAUUGACCCCUUCUUGACAUUAGAUUUGUGCGAUAAGCGAUAUAUGGAAACUCUCGGUCGUUUGUGUUGUGGAGCCCGCAAGUUGGUUGUGAAGGGGAUUACGAUCGUGAUGAGAAUUCGGUCAACAGCACUGGUUGCGGUAGGACACGUAGUAUGAU